GCCUCACUUUCACAAACUGACAGACACUGAAGCCGAGAGUUACAAAUACAUCUGACAGAGUUACAGAGCUCCAACAACUGACUGCACCAUGGGGUUCAAUGCGUUCUUCUUCUUGCUGCUCAUAUCAUGUCUUUAUCUUGCAUUGGCACAAGUUUCCUAUGAUGACUGCUGUCUCAAGUAUGGCAAAAAGCCAAACAAAGCCACUCAAAGACACAUCGUGAAAUACAGAGUGCAGGUUGUGGAUGGAGGCUGCAACAUCCCUGCCCUCGUUUUCACUGCGAAGAAGGGCCAUGUGUUUUGUGCAGACCCCAGGGAGAAAUGGGCCAAACUCCUGAAGGAGAAACUUGACAGAAAGGUAGCCAACAAGAACAACAAACCCUACAAGCACUACCGUCAAGAGCCAAAUAGAGUCUGAGGGCAGUUGCCAGCUGUAAUGGCACCAUUCAUUCCUCUGUCCCCUGCCAAAUAUAAUCAUAAUGCAGCGACAGUUUUAUGUGGCCUUCUGGAAGCCAGUUGAGCAAACCGGUUAAAGCAAUCAUGCAUCAUCAUGUUUGCUUUCAUUGUGCACCAAGAUUAAGGUCAGUGUAAUGUUGUGUCAGGUGGCUGUGUCACUCUAACGCAGAUCCUUGGUGCAAGCUUAAUAACAACAAAACUGUAACCAUUACCAUAGCCAAAAAGAGACUGACAAGAGGUAGUCAACCAUGUUGAAUAAGAGGUGAUGGAGUGUAAAUGAUUUCUGGAUCUUUUUGCAACCCUAUAGCCUGUAUACAAACUGUGAAACGUAAUUCAAUGUUUGAGUUGUGUGUGUCAAACAAUAAGCUGAAAUCAUCAUUAGCAAGCCACAGAAUUGUCUGUUUUUGUGUGUUUUAUAAUGUGCAUGUUUCCACAUAAAUAUUUUGUAAUAAAGUUUCUUACAGCUGAGAAUUUAGGGCCAUGCUAUGAUUAUGGAAAAGAUAUAAACCUUUUUUUUCUUGGGCUAUUAAUGGUUAUUAUUUGCAUUAUUUGGAAAUAUGCAUAUUUUCAUAUUAUUUGCUUAAAGCAACAACAAAACAUAAAUGAAAUUAAAUGAUCACAUCAUUUCUUUCUUAUGUGGCUUUAUUUCCAUACUCAUUAGUACAGUGGCCAAAAGAUGCCAUAAAAUUCCAAAUUAACACAAUACUAGCAAACGUAGAAAUCACAAUUAUAUGUGUAUAUUUACAAGAAACCUGUAUCAAUUCUGCAACUGGUUGUUUGAGGAGAAAAACAGAAAAACUUAGCAAAUGGAGAAAAUGCUUGUGGCGAAAACUAACAAUAAAGCCUGAGUUACAUGCAACAAUUUAAUUUGAUAAUAUAUCUGCUACAAAUUCAGACAACAAAUGCAAAACAACAGACACAUUGCAAAUAGAUAGAAGAAUGGAACACUACAAACUCAAAUGGUUUCUGCCCAGAGAACCUUUACUGCUGGAAUAUUAUUUGUGGGAUAUGAUGUAGCACCUGGUUAGCAGAGCGGAGUAUGUUGAUUUAUUUACUUUAUUAACUAUUUUACUCUUAAGCUUGCUAUAUUUUCAUGUUGUAUUAUUUUAUUAGCAAGGUAUUGAGCAUUUAUGCUAAUACUGUCAAGGCAGUGGAAAUUAUUACUACGUAUUAGCCAAACCAGCUAACAUACAAUUGUACAGCAUAGCAUAUUUUUAUUAUUAUUUUUAUUUUACUUUUUGAAAAUGCAAUGUAGCAUAAAACAGGAAAAAAAACUAUAAUUCAAAUCCAGUUACUUUUUGCAUUGCACAUUUGAUGUGGUACUCCGCCCCCUGACCACGCACGCUGUUAUGCAGAUGUCAUUAAUGACGCUGCCAGCUGAGAGUGACAGAAAGUGGCGUAGCGAUGGCCAUGCCAAAACUGACUAAUUUAAGCUACCAUACGAAGGUAUUGAUGUGGAUUUUGCUCACAGAAUUUCCAGUCUGAAGACGCUGUUGCUACGGUAAGCUUUGAAGAGCCAACCACACCCUUUGUCUACGUAACAGUUUUAUCGAACUGUUUUAUUAUGCGGAUGAUGCGGAUGAAGAUGGAGCCUUCAGUGGUGGACACGGAUCUGUGCAAACGUUGGAAUUGGAUUAGAAUGGGAAUAACCCCCUUGUGUCUGAUGAUUUGCAGACGUUAAUGCUGGAUUUUACAGUCACAAAUUGAGUUUUACGGCUAUUUGCGACUGUAAAAUCCGGCAUUAACGUCCGCAAAUCAUCAGACACAACAGGGUUAUUCCCUAAUUAGACAAUAUAAAUAACUGUGUAAAAUACACUGCAAGUCUCUAUGGUAAGCUGGCCAAGGCAGCAGGCACAACACUUAUUUACUGUUAGUCAAACCA